UUCCAGCACAACUCGAGAUUCUUACAGACACCUCAUUGAACGAACAAAGAAGGGACUGCUCUCGAAAGAAAAAAACAACUUACACUAGGUAGGAUGACGCUGCUCGCAGAAGCCGUUGUCGCCUUGCAGCAGACCGCUGCAAGCCUCGAAAACUGGCAGGUGGUGGCGGUGGCGCUCCUGGGAUUCUUGACGUAUUCGGUGUAUCGUUACCACGUGACCAAGAUCAACCUCCCCUCUGUCGGUAUCCCCAAGGGUCUCUUUGGUCCGUGGAAAGCCGCACUCGCAUCCGUGACACAGUCCGAGUACUUCCUCCAGGAAGGAUACCGCAAGUAUGGCAAGCACGGGAAAUCCUUCAAGAUCGCGACGCCGGCACGAUACGUGAUCGUUCUGUCGGAUCCGAAGAUGAUCAAGGAGCUGGCGACGACCGACGACCGCAUCAUGUCAUUCGCGGCGACGGGAGUCGAGCGCAUCUCGAUGGCAUAUACCUUCUCGGCAGAGAUGGUCAAGCUGGACUACCACACGGCGCUGAUCCAGAAGAACCUCACGAACCGACUGAGCAGCAUCCUUCCAGAGAUUGUUAGCGAACUGGUGCUGUCGUUCGAGGAGAAUACCAACAUUGGGCCUGAAUGGACGAGUGUGGAUAACUUCAAGGUGAUGCUGAACGUCAUCUCGCGAACGACCAAUCGCCUGUUCGUCGGCCUCCCCAUCUGCCGCAACAAAGACUACCUCGACCACUGCGUCGAGUUCGCGACCAGUGCGUCCCGCGCGGGCGCCAUGAUCGACAUGUUCCCCGCCAUCCUGAAGCCGAUCGUCGCGCACUUCGUCAUCAACCGCGACAAGGCUGUGAACAAGGUCGUUGCGGUCGUCGGCCCCGUCUUCGAGGAGAGGCGCAGGAAGCUACGCGAGCUCGGUGAUGAGUGGACUGAUAAACCGAAUGACGCAAUCCAAUGGAUCUCCGAAGUCGCUCCGCCCAACUCGACUGUUGAGGAAAUGUGUCUCCGCAUCCUCGUGCUCAACUUUGUCGCCAUCCACACCACCUCCUUCUCCCUCCUCCACCUGAUGCACGACCUCGGCGCCGCCCCGCACCACCAAGAACCUCUCCGGGAAGAGAUCGAAUCCGUGAUCGCCGAAUUCGGCGGGCUGACGAAGCAAGCUUUGACGAAGAUGAAGAAGCUCGACUCCUGUCUCCGGGAGAGCCAGCGGCUGAACGGGCUCGCGCUGAUGACCGUGAUCCGGAAGGCGAUGGUGCCGCACACGUUCUCUGAUGGGACGUUUGUGCCGAAGGGGACGUGGGUGUCGGCGCCCGCCACGGGCGUCCACCAGGACGAGGACGUCUACGAGAACGCCGGCGAGUACGAUGGCUUCCGGUUCUCGCGCAUACGCGAGCAGCCCGGCGAGGAGGCGAAACACCAGAUGGUCUCUGUGUCCAGCGAGUACCUCGCGUUCGGGAAUGGGAAACACGCUUGCCCCGGUCGCUUCUUUGCCGCGAACGAGCUGAAGCUGCUGAUGGCGUACAUCAUCCUCAACUACGAGUUCAAGACGGAGGUGGACGGGCAGCGGCCGCAGAACAAGUACUUUGCGCACUCGCGGGUGCCGGAUACGUCGGCGAAGAUCAUGUACCGAGAGAGGAAGGGCCGAAAGGAGAGUGUGGCGAACUCGCUCAUCGUGGUUGAGCAGGAUCGAAGGUAGUGCUGCGGAAAUUGGCGUUUUUGGCCAG